AUGUCUUCGGACAUACCUACGCCUGAGCUCAGUGCUGAUGCUCUAUCUCCACUAGCUGCUACAAGCAAGCCGCAGCGCGUACUUUCGUGCGUGCUGUGCGCGCAAAGAAAGGUCAAGUGCGAUCGAAAAUAUCCUUGUUCCAACUGCACCAAAGCCGGUACACAAUGCAUAUCCGCUGCGACAAUACCCCGGCAGAGACGCCGUAGAUUUCCUGAGCGAGAGUUGCUCGAUCGCCUGCGCCACUAUGAGGAUCUCCUUACGAAAAACGGCAUUGCUUUUCAAGCCUUGCAUGCGUCUUCGAACCCGCCAACGCAACCCGAAGAAAGAAGCGACAGUCGUAAUAAGGAGUACACUAGGACUCAGCUAUCCUCCACAGAAGAUGCCGAGUAUUCCCAAGCCAAGUAUAAAGAAGCUGUAACACUAGGAAGAAACACUUCUAAUCGCAAUAGGAGUUUUUGGCAUGCCAUGAACCGAAGAGCAUAUGAUGCUGAUGAUAAUGCCAGCGACGAUGGUUCUGACCACAGUUGUUCGUCUCGACACGCACUACGACAAGCACAAAUUGUGAAAGCAUGGGAUUAUCUCUAUGCACACGAAUUGCACCGCAGCGAGGACCUACUAUUUUGCUCGCGUAGCGCAGAUGUCAGCCUCUCAACCUUACAUCCACCACAAGCCCAGAUCUUCAAGCUCUGGCAACUGUACCUGGAAAAUGUUGAUCCAUUGCUGAAGCUUACCCAUACCCCCACCCUCCAAGCACGCAUCAUCGAUGCCGCUAGCGACAUUUCCAAUAUCGAUCCUAACUUGGAGGCUCUCAUGUUCUCAAUCUACUGCAUGGCUAUUUUCAGUCUGGAUCAAGAGCAGUGUCAAGCGAUGUUUGGAAGGCGUAGAUCAGAAAUUAUCAGAGGCUACCAGGUGGGUGCAAGAGAGGCGCUAGUGAAUUGUGAAUUUUUGAAAUCCAGCGAUAGAGAAUGUUUGACAGCUCUUCAUCUCUACUUGAUAUCACUCAAGCCUGACACAGACCCACGGUCACUGUCGUCUAUGCUAGGAGCUGCUGUUCGCAUUGCCCAGCGAAUGGGCAUCGACACAGAAUCUACCAACGCCAGGCACUCCGUGCUCGAGGCUGAGCUCCGCAGAAGGCUGUGGUGGUCUCUUACACUUUACGACAACCGUAUGGCCGAAAUGACUGAGUGCAAGACCACUAGCUUGCUUCCAACGUGGGACUGCAAACCUCCGCUCAAUGUCAAUGACUUCAGUUUACGGGCCGAGAUGAGCACUCAGCCUGCUGAGUUCGGGGUUUCAUCCGAAGCACUGUUUACAGUGAUACGCAGUCAGAUUGGCGAAUUCGUGCGUCAAAGCCCCUCUCAUCUGGAUUUUAUCAACCCAGCCCUAAAAACGUUUUCGAAGAAGGCCUCCGUUUCUGCUCAUUCAGAAUUCGACGAACUUACAGAGCUCGAUUCGACGAUGGAGCGAAAGUAUCUUGCGCAUUGCGAUGCCCAGAACCCGUUGCACUUCCUGACUAUAUGGACGACACGCGCAUCACUUGCAAAGAUCGGAUUCGCAAAUUACCUAUCGACCAAUUCGCAGAAGUUUGGACAGGAAAGCGACGAGCAACGCGACCUCGGUCUUACUUUUGCGCUCCGGCUGCUUGAGUGCGAUACAAUGCUCAUGACAUCACCCCUUAUCAAGAACUUCCGUUGGAUCGUCUACUUGAAUUUCCCCUUUCCCGUCUACGUUCAUCUUGUUCAAGCGUUGAAAAGGCGGCCACUAGGCGAACAUGCAGACCGAUCGUGGCAGGCGAUGAGCGACAACUGCGCCGCUCGUUUGAUGGAUAUCGAGGUAAAGGACAGUCCAAUCGAAACAAAACCGAAAAACCCCUUCUUCACCAUAUUUGCGGGACUCGUACUUCAAGCUUGGUCCGCGCGCGAGGCAGUAUCUGCACAGUCAGAGCCACCAAAGAUUGUGGCGGACAUCAAACGGAAGAUGGCACUUGUGGACGAAAAAGCGGCGGAGGUGCAGUUCCAGACACCAAGUUCCGAUAGCGCCAACCCACAGACAUCCGAGCUCAUGGGUUUGGGAAGUCUCGGUUCCCAAUUAGGAGUUACCGAUGGCAUGAACGUAGACAGUGGAGUUUUCCCUAUGGAUCUCACACAGGCUCCGAUCAACUUUAACGGUAGUCCAUGGACUUGGCAAAUUCCUAAUUGGAACGCGAUGCCUGGCCAAGGAUGGUGA